AUGCUUCAGUUAUGUAAUUCAUCAACUACAUUUAAACUAGCAACAGCAUUAUUCAUGAAAAAAUGGAAAAUGAAUUCGAAACAAAAGAACCAAUCGAUAUUAGGCUUUUUGAAUUACUUUGAUUAUGAAUGGCUAACAUUGAAUGAUGGAUGGUAUGAAGGAUUACAAUUAAAUACACCAAGUACAAACAACGCCCUAGAGGCAACUAAUAGAACGAUUAAAGAUGAUGGAACCUUUCGAGAGCGUCACGUAUUAUCAAGAUUUCUGGCAAUUUCUUCAAAUAUAAUCUACAAUUGGUCAACUGAACGUGAUUCAUUAUCAGUUAAUGCAAAACUUUUUGCCAUAGAACCAACAAUAUCUUUGGAAUUGUGGACAUCUUCCUAUCAAUGGGCUCAAUCAAGAAAAGAACAUAUUGUGGGGAUAGCUAUUCGUCUCAAGUGCUGUAAACCACCACCAGCAGCAAAAACUGUUCCAAUUGGACAGAAGAGAAAACGAGGUAGACCAGCCAAAGCGAAAGCCGCUUUAUUAAUACAAUGA